AUGACUUUCUUCAUCAAAAACAUGCUAAGUGACCAGGUUAAGAAUUUAGGCAUUGGCGGUGGUACAGAAGAGAAAAAAGAAGAAGGGGGCACCUCUGAUCCUGCAGCUGCAAAGGGAAUGACUAGAGAGGAGUAUGAGGAAUAUCAAAAGCAGAUGAUUGAGGAGAAAAUGGAAAGGGAUGCUGCAUUUACACAGAAAAAGGCAGAGAGGGCAUGCCUCAGAGUUCAUCUCAGAGAAAAGUACCGGCUCCCAAAGAGUGAAAUGGACGAGACCCAGAUACAGCUGGGUGGAGAUGAUGUGGAUUUGCCUGAAGAUCUUCGGAAAAUGGUGGAUGAAGAUCAAGAAGAAGAGGAAGACAAGGAUUCCAUCCUUGGACAGCUGCAGAAUCUCCAGAACAUGGACUUGGAUACGAUCAAAGAAAAGGCUCAAGCCACCUUCACUGAAAUUAAACAAACAGCAGAACAAAAAUGUUCUGUGAUGUAAGAGAGAUAGGAGCUGGCAUAGUCUGGCAGACAAAGGGUCCCUAUCCAGCUGAGGGGGUAGGGUUAUCAUGUGGCAUUUUAAAAAGCAACACGUAUCUCAAAUAGUGAUUAGAGUGAGUGACUGAGCAGCGAAAGCAUCAGACAAACUCACAGUCCUGUAGAUCAGGUAGCACCUUGUUGAUGCCAGAGGAUAUUAUACUUUAAAGGCAUAAAUUCUUACAUAUGUAAGGUUCAGAAACCACCUUAUUUAAUGAAAUGACCCUUGGGAUAAUUAGUGAACCAUAGGGAAAGACUGAAAUUCUCUCUCAAGUUCUCUCCAACUCGGUGAUUCUUAUUGACUUGGAUCUCGGUAUUUGG